UCUGUGUGUAGUUUAUAAUCAAAGUCCAAAUAGUCGUUUGGACUUUGUCCCACUGUCUCUCUCACUCUCUGCAGUAUCUUGUGGUCGAUCGAUCAGGAAGUCAAAUGGCUGAAAUGGACGACGCGUCUCAGAGUCAAGAUCACCUGGCAGAGGGGCGGGGCCAUAAGGCAGUCGAGGUUAACCUGCCAAUGGAAGAUAACAGAAAUAAGAAGCUGCAAAUAAGAGCACAGGUGGUGGGGUCAGAUAUGAUUUACACCAUUGAAGACGUCCCACCCUGGUACCUGUGUAUUCUACUGGGACUGCAGCAUUACUUGACGUGUUUCAGCGGCACGGUGGCGGUGCCAUUUCUUCUGGCCGAGGCCAUGUGUGUUGGUCGAGACCAGAACACCAUCAGUCAGCUGAUUGGAACCAUUUUCACCACCGUGGGAAUCACAACCCUGAUCCAGACCACCGUGGGAGUCAGACUUCCUCUCUUCCAGGCCAGUGCAUUUGCAUUCCUGAUUCCCGCUCAGGCGAUUCUGAGUCUGGACCGAUGGACGUGUCCCACAGAGGAGGAGAUUUAUGGGAACUGGAGUCUUCCUCUGAACACGUCACAUGUCUGGCAGCCACGGAUCAGAGAGAUCCAGGGCGCCAUCAUGGUGUCCAGUGUGGUGGAGCUGGUCAUCGGUCUCUGUGGGUUACCAGGUCUGCUGCUGGACUACAUCGGCCCCCUCACCAUCACUCCCACUGUCUCACUGAUUGGACUGUCUGUCUUCACCACAGCUGGGGACAGAGCCGGGUCCCACUGGGGCCUUUCCGCACUGUGUAUUUUGCUCAUCGUGCUGUUUGCUCAGUACCUGAGAGCGACAUCACUUCCUGUUCCUGUUUACAGCAGGGAGAAAGGCCUGACCUCCACCAAAGUCCAGAUCUUCAAAAUGUUUCCUAACUCAACCAGCCUGGAGCUGACAUAA